GCCGACUGUACUGUGCAUGCGCAUCUGAGGGUGAUCCAUCGCAUAGCACAAUUUCGUAACAUUUAAUUGUUAAAACAAUAGAAACGAUUAGGACCCCUUGAAAAUCGAAACUUGGGAAGUUCCCUGAUUCUAAAAAUAGCAUAUGACGUCCACCACAAAUCAAUAUUUAAUUUGCGUUCAGUGCAUGCUGCAUGCAGUGCCAGUGUUGCACUUUCGAUUUGCCGUUCCUGGUGAAAAAACAACAUGGACUCGGGACAAUUCCCCGUUUGGUUAUUUCGCCAGUUCAACCUCAAAUCUUGCGGUUUGUAAGCUUCGCCUGUGGAGUUUCCCUCCAAACAGACGAAUGCUAGACAGGCUGGGGAGUACUUGCGGUUAAAUUCUGACAAGGUAGGAUCUGAAGAUACCUGGUGAGGAUGGUCAUGUUUGGCAAUUACGGUGUGUCACAGUCGUAUCUACAUAGAGUGACACCGCAAGUCAGCGCGAUGGCAGAUCCCGCCAACUCUCAGAUAGACGGAAGCUGUGCUGCUCAUGCAAAGGCAGACAGUGCCGAGACCUCUACGCCUCCAGCGCAUUGUGAAACACAGCAGUCUGAAAGAGCAGAGGCUGCAACCAGGUCAACCUUUGCCCACCCACUAUCUACUGAAGAGGAAUUGAUGGCACUGGAUGUUGGCGUGGAUGGUCAGUCGGUACCAGAAGGCAUAAGUGAUCUCUCUGAGCCAUCCAAAGAGAGUGAGACAUCAGUGAAUGUCGGGGCAUCCCUCUCUUGUUCUUCUGGGACAGAGACGCUGAAAUCUGCUGAUCGGACUCCCAAGAGCCAUCGGAAAGCAUUGCGGGACAACGCUCUAGAUUCUGAAGCAGAGGAGGUGCAGCUUUCUCAAAGUCAGGGUUCUUCUAGUUUGUCGGAAGCCGUUGCAGCACACAGUACAGCAGGGUCUGAUAUGGAUGAGACACUAACUAAAAGUGCAGAAUCUGCUUCUAGUCUCCAUUCAAGCAGUCUUGCAAAAUACGAUUUUGUGAUGUGGUACCAUCCAGACGAUGACUUGGCAGCCGAAAGGAUCUAUAAAUUCUUGGAAGGAGACCUGGGUCUGAAAGGAUACAGAUAUUGCCGGGAUAGAUCGCUGGGGAAGUACAAGUUGAGUGAAAUGGCUGAGGCCAUAAGGGAUUGCAGCAAGGUGCUCUUGUUUAUCACGCCUCGAUCCAAUGACUGUGGAAUGUUUGAAUCACAAGUGCACAACAGUUUGAAUCACUCCAUAGAAUCCAAUCGUAAAAAAUGUCAUACCAAUUUAUUGGGAGCUAAAUCCGCAUCAGGGUCCUAAUGUUGUAAGGGGGAUUCAAAGUAUCGUUUAUCAAGACUGUAGUGAGAAAUUCAAGAAACAAAUUGCAAGGAUUUUUAAAUUAUCUUACCCUGAGUCAUUUACUGCAUCAGUGCGUAGCAACUCUUACUCACCCCAGUCUGUUAAAUCAUCAGUUUUACCAACUUUCACACAGUCAUUGAGUGCACCUUGUGC